AUGAGCUAUGAUUCUUGGCCCGCUGCCUACUACGAGGGCUCUCAUAACUUUACAACCUGGGCAAAGGAAACACCUUUUCCCUGUCCAUGCCUGAGAAUUUUCCUGAUUGGAGGAACUGGAGUGGGGAAGAGUCACUCGGGAAACACCAUUCUGUUCAUGAGGGAAGAAUAUAAAUACAGACAAUCUGUUACAAUUAGUUGUAAUCUAUCUGCCACCAGAAACUCACGUGAAAUGCAAGUGGUUGAUACUCCGAAUUUAUUUGAUACAUCAAAAGAUGUAACUACAAUUGAAAAGGACUUCCUGGAAUGCAUUAAAGUCUCUUGUCCAGGUCCACAUGCCUUCCUGCUGGUCAUAAAGUUAGGUCACUUCACUAAAGAGGAGCAGAAUGCAGUCAGGGCCCUCCAGGAGAUCUUUGGGGAGAAGGUGAAAGACCACAUCAUCAUCCUCUUCACACAUGGGGAUCAACUAGAUGGUCAGACUAUUGAAGAGUAUGUGUCCAGUGGCUCUGAGGGACUACAGGAACUGAUCAGAAGCUGUAGAGGGAGAUUCCAUGUCUUUGACAACACAAAGGACAGCAGUGACAGGAUUCAGGUAGAUGAGUUGAGCAGGAAAAUAGAUGAGAUGGUGGCAGCUAACGGUGGACAGCACUUCACUGAUGAGAUGUAUGAGGAGACAACCAGAGUCAUGGAGGAAAGAAACCUUGGGAGGAAUUCGCAUUCAAGGCAGACAGCUCAGCAUCUGUCCUUCCUCCCUCUCCUCCAAAAGAGGGUAGCUCAGUUUCACAAAACUCUCAGUCAGUAA